CCCUUCCUGGCUUCCUCCCACCCUCUUCACUUUGGUCUGAAGAACCCAAAACGCACAACUAACCACUCGCUUCGCUGCUUUUAAGGAUUCUUCUUCCCCAAUGGCUGCCGAUGAGAAACUGAGGGCUUUGAAGAAGGCAUAUGCGGAUAUCAUACUGAACACGGCGAAGGAGGCCGCUGCCAGAAUAAUGGCGUCCGAAAGAAAGGCGCAGCGGUUUCAGCGGGAGCUUCAGAUGGCCAAAGAGGAGGCCUUGCGGAUGCUCCUGCGCCUCAAGCAGAUGAUGGAUUCUAAGAUUUCUGAUGCAGAGUUGACGUCACUGAGUCAACAGAAAAAGAUUGAUGAACUUGAAGCUCAACUCCAAGAAGCUGAGGAUAUUGUUAAAGAUCUCAGAGAGGAACUGAGAGAAGUGAACACUGAAUUGGAGAGGGUCAGAAACAGUAAAGAGAAGCUCCUGGAUGAUCAGCAUGCUGUGGCACAAAAAGGAAUAUCUGAAGAGAAUGAAGCCCACUAUUCCCAGUCUAAUGCACUCCCUCCCAAUCAAUCAGAUCUCGGACAUGUUGCAGCUGCUGAAUUGAGAAGCAUGCAUGAGUUUCAGAAAAAUGAGAGUUUUAAAUUCUAUUCUGGUGUACCUUAUGUGGGGAAUUUAUACCUUGGAUGUCCAGAUUUGCCCUCUAUCAUUUUGAGAAGCAAAGAGCCUGAGCUGUACAGAAAUGGGUGCACUCAGAGAAUACGUGCGUCAGAAGGAAACCUUUCGAAUAUGCUUUCUGGGAAAGUACAUAAAAGGAAAGAUGAUAUCUCUACUCUAGAAGAUUUAGGUGGUAAACAAAUCUUUUCAGUACCUAACUGUAGCUUAGGAAAUUUGAGUAAUGUUGAGAAGAAAGUAGAGGCAGAUAGCCAACUUGGUAGAUGGAACCCCACCCCAAUUUUUUGUGUCAAGAAGAAGAGAGCUACUAGAUAUAGGAAAAGGACGAUUACCUCAUCCGGAAGUUUUCCUGAUCAACUUCGUAGACCUAAUCAAGCUCCUGAUGUUUCUUGUGCGGCAACUCAUCUGAUUUCUGUGAGAAGUGAUGUUCAUUUUGAGGAAAAUAAAUCCAAGAUGGUGUCAAGAUUAUCUUCAGAUGGAGCUGAACCAGGGUUAGAGGAGGAUUGUGCUGAAACUUCUGAAAAUGAUAUUGAGCUUGGUAACUCUGCUGCUGUUCAUAGACCCGUGAAUGAAAAUGAAGGUACAGAAAAUUUGGUCCUUAAGGAUUCUGCCGGGAGUUCGGUGGCUACAGAGGGUGAAACAGAUCUUCAAAACUCAAAUAUUACAUUGCCGAUAUAUGAGCCAAAUGAACCUACUGUAGCGGAUAGGGUUGGUAAUCAACCUAUCCAUGAAAGAAUAAUCAAGUAUACAUUCCAAAGGAAGCGAAAGAGAGAUUCUUUGAGCAAAUCCAAUGGGGUUGUUUCUUUUGAAAGUGAUACUUCUAAGAGGCGAACUUUGGGGGAAGAAAGUGAUCCUGUGGAGCAGGAGAAGUCAAACUUAGUAACAGAAUCCUCUCGACAUUGUGGGCGCUUAGCACACAUUGCUCAUCAGCUUAUAUCUCUGUCGGAGAGCAAAUGGUAGCUGUGAAACACUCAGUUCCGUGGUUGAUUGGAUUUUAAGCUUAAAGACAUUGAGCGAGAGGGAGAAGAAGAAACCAGCCGGUAUCGUGCAAUCUAUCAAAUUCUCCCUGGUUGGUCUGACAUGUGGGCAAAUCUCUUUUGAUCAAGAAACGGGUUUUGAAUUUUUUUUUUUUUUAUUGAAAAUAAUUUAUGGAUAACUCGUACUAGUAGUAUAUGAUAUAUUACUCACUAUUGUAGUACUACUAUCGUUUAUUAUAUCUCGUUUUUAUUAUUUUCUUUUU